AUGUCGCCCAAGGUGCGGGCCGCUUCGCACGCUGGCAGCUGGUACACUGACAAUGGCACAGAGCUCGACGGAUCCCUGACGGCGUGGCUCAAGGCCGUGUCCCCUGCCAAGGUGCCUGCACCCGCUUCGGUCGCCGCCACCGUUGCCGAAGGCAGCGAAAGCAGCUCAGACGUUGAUCUCCCCAUCAAGGGCUGCCGCGCCAUCAUCGGACCUCAUGCCGGCUACUCGUAUUCUGGACCUGCUGCGGCUUGGGCCUACGGCUGCAUCGACACAGCUGGCAUCGAGAGGGUCUUCAUCCUAGGUCCAUCUCACCACGUCUACCUCGAUGGUUGUGCCCUCUCCAAGUGUGACGAGUACGAGACGCCGCUGGGUAAUCUCGUCAUCGACAAAGACAUGACGGCCGAGCUGGCCUCGACGGGAGAGUUCAGCACCAUGUCGCAGAGCGUCGAUGAGGACGAGCACAGCCUCGAGAUGCAUCUUCCCUACGUUCGAAAGGCAUUCGAAGGCUGCGACAUCAAAAUCGUCCCCAUCAUGGUCGGUGCCAUCUCGACGCAGAAGGAGGAUCGCUUUGGCAGGCUCCUGGCACCGUACCUGAAAGACCCGCACAACUUUUUCGUCGUGUCGAGCGACUUUUGCCACUGGGGGGCCCGGUUCAGCUACACCUUCUACCGCCCUUCGCCCGGUGCGCCCUCGACGUCGCUGACGGCCCGAAGUGAGCGCUCAGUCUAUGCCGACACGCCGAUCCACCAGUCGAUCCGUUCGCUCGACAACGAGGGCAUGAUGGCCAUCACCCAUCCCCACACCGCCACCUCGGCUGCUGGGGCCAAGACGGCCAAAGAAUCCCGCGACGCAUUCGCUUCCUACAUCAAGUCGACCAAGAACACCGUGUGCGGUCGCCACCCCAUCAGUGUCCUCCUUGCCGCCCUCGCCGAACUGCAGGGACGAGGCGUCAAGAGCGAGUGCAGGUUCACGAGGUACGAGCAAAGCAGCCAGUGCCUCACGCCCAAGGACAGCUCAGUCUCGUACGCUUCGGCCUUUGUCCGUUUCCUGUGA